AUGGAGUGCAUCUAUAUUGACAUGCAAGAACAGCGGCUAAAGAUGUCGCCGCGGGCGAUUACAGACGGCUGGCUGUACGAGAUGGAAGCGAAAAUCAAGGCGCAGCGGGCGAAGAUCACGGCCGCCAAGCUCGACGCUGUCUUUGGCCACGGCCUGCAAUUCCGUGCCAACGUCGCCAAGCUACAGACCCUGCGGCGGCAGCGCGACGACGCAAUCGCGCGCCGGGACGAAAUUGAGCGCUGGCGCGUCGAAGAGUACCUCGACUAUUGGGAGCGAGAUAUGCAUCACAUGGCGAUCCUGCGCGCGCGGCAGCGGCAGCAGAAUAUUGCCGACGAGCGCCGCAAAUGGCACGUCAAGCCGUGCACAAAGGAAGGCAAAGUUCGACUGCACGCGAUCGCUCGAGAGAGCACGCCUUGCAACACGGUCCCCCCGCCCCCGCACGCUAUGGCGAGCGAGAGGUCGACCAGCGUCGAUCCGCCGCCAGCGACAGAUAUUGUGCUGAAGAAGACGAAGAAGACGAAGAAGAAGAAGAAAGUCGAGACAUCGGGGCAGCAGCGCCGGACACGAGAUGCGCACGUUCCGUGGUCGCUCCUCGAUCAGCUCGCGGCGGAGAAGACCAAGCUACAGACCGAGAAAGCUCUCGGUGCCGUAUUUAAGCGUCGAAAACCAAUCGGCGACAACUAA